AUCUUACAUUGUCCUCUACAUAUAUUCUAUCAUUAUACAAUUUUUGAUAAAACCUCACCGUACACUUGCCUCAUCUCAUCUUACAUUGUCCUCCAUAUAUAUCUGUACUAUCUCCUCUUUUGAAAAAACCUCAAGUGCACACUUGCCUCAUCUCAUCUUACAUUGUCCUCCAUAUAUAUCUGUACUAUAUCUCCUCUUUUGAAAAAACCUCACCGUACACUUUCCUCACCUCAUCUUACAUUGUCCUCCAUAUAUGUUUGUAUUAUCUCCUCUUUUGAAAAAACCUCACUGCAUGCACACUUGCCUCAUCUCAUCUUACAUUGUCCUCCAUACUAACUCUUGUACUAGCUAUAGCUCCUCUUUUGAAAAAACCCCCCUGCACACUUGCCUCAUCUCAUCUUACAUUGUCCUCCAUAUAUCUCCUCUUUUGAAAAAACCUCACUGCACACUUGCCUCAGCUCAUCUUACACUGUGACUGUCCUCUACGUAUAUUUUAUCAUUAUAUAUGUUUUUGAUAAAACCAUCACCGUACACUUUCCUCACCUCAUCUUACAUUGUCCUCCAUAUAUAUUUGUAUUAUUUCCUCUUUUGUAAAAACUUCAUCAAACACUUUUCUUUUCUACACUAUAAACUCCUACGUUGUUUUAUACACACACAACAUUUGAAAACUCUCUGGUUUUUUACACUCGGUAUUGUGUACACACACAUGCACAAGACCACGAUCUAAUGAAUAUUCAUCGGCGAACCGUCGGAUUGAUAGUGACGUAGGAGCUGGACAUUUCAUCGCCCCUCGCUGUACUUUGUCAUCAAAAGUGCCUACCGCGACGGACAAACAAAAUAUGGUAUCAUUCAAUAUACUAAAGAAAAAAGAAAACCUUUAAUUAUCAUGCAGUGCAGUGCGGGCACAUGACGUGCAGACGCAAUCCAAUUGAUUAAUGAAGGACUGGGACUUGAACAUCCUGACUUCGCCUGAAGGAAAUAAGUGUAAACUGCUGCCGUGCUAAUAUGUUGCAACCAAUUUUAUCAAACUUAGGAGGGAAGAGAAUUGUUUUGGCUUCAGGCAGUCCAAGACGAAAAGAUAUUCUUGCCCGUAUUGGUUUGAACUUUGAAGUUAUUCCAUCGACAUUUGAAGAAAACCUUGAUAAAAGUUUGUAUACCCCUGAAGAAUAUGUUCAGGAGACUGCAAAAGGGAAGGCUCUGGAGGUUGCUGAAAGGUUAAAAGGGCCUUCAAUGCCAGACUUGAUUAUUGGUGCUGACACAGUGGUGGCUCUUGGAAAUAAGAUCCUUGAAAAGCCUCCAAGUGAAAAGGGUGCCAUCGAAAUGCUUACGGAGCUGAGUGGAUCAACGCACAAAGUUCAUACGGGCAUGAUACUGAUAAAACAGUGUGAUGGGGAAUUGACAACAGUCCAAUUCUUUGAGACAACUGAAGUCAUGUUUGCUGAGCUUACACCAGAAAUUGUCAGAGGAUACGUGGCAACAGGAGAACCAAUGGACAAGGCAGGAGGCUAUGGGAUCCAGGCAAUAGGAGGAACGCUGGUGAAAGGCAUUGUGGGGGAUUAUUUCAACGUGAUGGGAUUCCCGCUUCAUCACUUCUGCUGUAAGAUGCUUGAACUCUUCAGGAAAAGCUGAUGUUACAUCUUCUCCAUCAGUGUCACUGCUGUUCAGUCACAGGGCAAGUUAUUGGUUGUGCAUUCAAACUUUAAAGAAACUCUGAACGAAUACAGAAAAAUACUUAUUUGGGAUAACUAAAAUGCAAAAGACACUUUUUAAAGAUCUUUUCUCCGCUCAAGUGCUGGCAUUACGAUUUUUGUUAUAUUGAUGAAGCAGAGGAACAGAGGAUCCUACAUGUACUUCCAGCACUAAAGCUUAUGUAACCUUAUGUGAGAAAUAUCCCAAUAUAUCCCUGGUUCCAAACUCUGGUUUAACUUAUGCCACAAUACAUUCCUUUUCCAUGCUUCAAUGGUGCAGAAAACUAUUUUCGGCAGAUAAUUUUCAAUUAUUUGGUUACCAAAUGUGCUGUUAAAUUUGAUAUCAAAACAUGUAAAAGAUUUGUCUCACAUUUCGCUAUUAAUAGUUUUAACCAUGGAUCUGAACUAAAGCUUAUAAAGUUAUACUAGAUUUAUGACCUGAUUAAACAGAACUCAUACCCUUUUUUUGAGUCUUUAGCUAUUAAAGGCUUACAUUAAUGGAAAUAACAUGAAAAAAUAUCAGGCUUUUGUAACCUUAUCCAAGAUAUUCAUGGUAUUACAAGUUGCUUGUCAAGGGUGUGUUGAAACCUAUCUGGCGGUAUUCAGAUAAUUAAACCCUAGUCUAAACUAGAAUUUUAAACCACACUUCUGUGGCAUGCUGACUUCAUAAUACUUCAUCCAUAGGCAUGGAAAUGUACCAAUUAAUUAAUUGAAAAAAAAUCAUAUUUUUUGUACUUUCAUAUUCUCCCCCAUUACACAACUUUGAUCAAUUGCAAGUCUAUUCUUGGUCCCUAAAUCAAUCAUAUGUCUUGUAGUUAAUUGCAAAUUAGUGAUUGAUUGCUAAUCUGCUCCUUGAAACAAGAAGUUUAAUCUGAUUUGCUACAGCUUACGUUGACUUAACAGUUGUAAAAUUGCAACAGAAUAUUUGCAGUUGAUCGCAAAUAUUUUCUUGCAACACCCCCUAAGUUUAAUAACCCAGGUUUCACUAAACCAUGGCUGUCAUGACGAAAAACCUCCAUUUGAGAACACUAUACCCCAGUUUCCCUCAAUCAAUUCUCUUCUCCAAGUACGACAAACCAUAACUGCCCCAAGCAAGCAAUUUAAGUAUCAAAACACCUGUUUUUUUACCUCGGUCCGAAGAUAACACAACAGCCCGAGUGCGGUCCCUAAAAGCAUGCCGUCAUUUUAAUUCACUUACUUUCCUUAUUUCGAGGUCGAUUUUCUUCGUUCGAAAUUGAAAAUGGACUAACAUUGGAUUUCUGAAUACAAUAUGCCUUUGAAAACGUGAUUAAAUAUCGAAUACAAUAAUUUCAUUCCGAAGGUCCUACUACAGGCAGAGAAGUAAUAGCACAGCUGUUGUUUAUCAUUUCGUCCUUGGCUCAACGCUCAUAAUCUGGCCUGUGGAGGUAAAAUUGAGACAGCGGGGAUUACCUGGCCUAGCGGGGUUGAUCAGGCGGGUGUUUCAUAAAGCUGUUCGUAAAUAAAGAGCGACUGGUGAUCCUGUCUUGCGGUAAAUGGUACACACCAUUGGCGAUGAUUUAGCGCGCAAGAAAGGAUCACCAGUCGUUCUUAAAGUCGCUCUUAACUUACAAACAGCUUUAUGAAACGGCCCCCUGGGCUUGGAAAUGAUUUUGGGAUUUACGAACGCAAAAUGGGGUAUAGAACAGCAGUUUGCAAUCUGAACUGCGGUCUUUCUCCAAACGGGGGUUUGACGUAAUGGUCAGAAUACCAUCCAAUUCAUGUACAUUAUUGUAUGAGAUGAAACAUCAUGAACCCAGCUGAAACCACAAUGUAUGAAAUGAUAUGGGAAUUUAAUAAAGGAAUUUAUUCCUUGAAAUGCAGUGCGAGUAACAGCUGGUAAAGCCUUACUUUUAUGCUGCAUUACUGUGCAGAGCUUAUAGACUUCUCACAAUUAAGUAAUUAUGAAGUGUUACAUAAGCAAGAAUAAUUACUAUUAUUAUUAUUAUUGAUAUAAAUUGUGUAUUGCUUUGCUCUCAAAGUAAAAAAUGAACAAAAGAAGAUGUGUUAAAGCAUUUUUAUUUUGAAAAUGAUUCAAUGAUUUAGGUCAUGAAUAAACAUCUGAGAACAUUCCUAAUAGUACGACCAAUCAACGCAGCAAUUUUGCACAAGAAUUACUUGAAAGUGAGAUUGGAGGUAGUGGGGGGGGGGGGCUCCUUUAAAUUGUGAGUGUUGAUAAUCGGUAACUGAUGAUCCACUUGGAUGCCCAAAGAUUUAUUUUCUUUGUAUAUCGCAUACGGGGAUGUGCCGCUCCAGUGGGUCAGGGUUUUUUUGCAAAAAAAAUCCUUAGACAUAGGUCUUGCUAUUGCAAGAAAUCCUUAGCCAAGGGUCCUAUUUUUCAACUGAAUAAUCCUUAAACAUGGGUUCAUUCCUGAAAAAAACAAAUACUAUAAGAAUCCCCGGGAAAUGCCCUGGAAAUGUCUAUGUUAGUUCCGUUCGAGAGUACAAGUAGCCGGGACCCCAUGACAAGUAGAUUCUACCUGUAUUUCCACAUCUUAGUACGAUUGCACUGGGCACCGGGGUACGUCACUCUAUACAUAUCUGGCCUACUCGGCCGACCGUUUACAGUACCGUACAUUGCAUGCAUGCAGCGCAUGCAUGUUUUUUGCAUCGCACAUUGGGUUGCAUGGAUAUCAUAGCCAUGGAGCCGUGGUGCGGGGAUUAAUCUGAAAUUUAAGUCUAUAUUUUAAGAAAAAUCCUUAGACAUGGGUGUACUGUUAAAUGACCCUUAGAAAUGGGCAAGGGUUUCGAGCCUCACACCCCCGUCCAAUCAUAAUCCAAGUACCCCCCCCCCCCUCGGCUGUACUGAAUCUUUACAUGUUGUAUUAUAUCCUACAUAGAGUAAAUCCUGUAUAGUGAUUGGUUCAAGUAGCAUCAUGUGACCGAAUAUAUUUCAACUAUGAUGUUGCGUGACGUCAGACCUCGAUAUAUUUUUGGAUAUACCGUAAUAUUCUGACGUCAUUAUUUCACAAAACUGGAUAUCUCGGCGCACCGGCUUGCGCGCUCUCUCUCCCGGGCAAGUCCAGCGCGAUGCGUCAGCGCAGACACUAAUCUGCUUUCCGCUGAGCGCGGUGGCUCAGAGAAAAGUAGGUAAUUCAACGCAAGUAACAGGACUUUGCAUGCUCAGCGCAUAGAUUUUGGUUAUAAAUUAUUAAAAGUAGGGUAUAAAACAAAUAUAUCAGGCGUUUCGUUCGAAAGCAUAGUGGGAAUUAUUAAUCCUCGGUUGGACUGGCAAAACUACUAUAUUUCCCUCGGGGCUUCGCCCUUCGGGGAAAAAUAGUAAUUGCCAGACCAACCUCGGAUAAAUAAUUCCACUAUACUUUCUCAAAGCCUGAUAUAUUUGUUUAAUGUAAAGUUUCAACAAAAAAUGAACAGUACUAUGUAUGAUUUUUUUUAUUGACAUGUACAUGAAUGUAUCAAAAUCAUUGUGAAUAAUGUAAUAAAUUGAAAUUUGAUUUGAA